AUGGCAAGAGCCAACCAUAAGCUUAAGCUGGAAUGCACGCUGACCAUGCCCUGCGCGCCUAUCGCUUUGGCUGCCUUGCUAAUGGUCGCCUGGCCAAAGGGGUUCGAAGAUCCCCUGUGCACCUGCAGCCCUGAGUGGAGGACAACGCACCUGUGCACUGCUGGAGGGAGACUCGUGGCAUCAGAGCAGAGGCAGUGUCUGCAUCCCAACCCACCCAGCGAAGAUGGCCAUGGUGAUCAAAGCACUGCCUGGGCCGAUACAUGGCAGUUGCCAUUGGCAGGUAGUGCGAUGUUCUCUGUGGCAGAGCACCCAAGGCAUUGCCAUUGCUGUGAAGUCGCUGUCCGAUGGACAUAUGUAUGGUGGUACGCUUAUGCGAGUGUGAACUCGGAAGGCGCUGCUGUAUUGGGGCCGCGCACUAUGGAUGGCGAGUCCAGGACGGCAAGUGAGAGAAAGGACGGAUGA